GGGUGUGUCUGGUUUGCUGUUGUGGGAAGGGAUCUCUCCCCCACAAUAGCAGAACGGGUCUGACUGCUCACCUGACUUUCUUAAAAGGGUCAUUUACACCUGCUGCUGCACCGUUAGUCCAGAGGAAAGAGCAAGGUGCUCACUGUUAAAUCAGCACUGGGAGAAGGAAGAGGCAGAGAUGGCUGCAACAACUGCUCAGCCCAUGGGGAGCCUGCCCAGUGGACUGGGAAUAUGCACCACCGCACCGGAUAUAUUUUACAUACCUGAACUGGUAUUUGGUGGUUUGGUUUGGAUUCUUGUUGCAUCGACACACGUGGACCCACCGAACCCUCUGGGGUGGGUGAUGUUCGUCUCUGUUUUCUGCUUCGUCAUGACCUUCCUCUGGAUGAUCAUCUUCGCUGCCGGAGGUCAUAAAAACAGUUCUCCCUGGGCUGCUGCUGAUUUUGCUUACCAUGGCCUGGCAGCGCUCUUUUUUCUAAGUGCAGGGGUGGAUUUGGCUAUCAUCACCAUCAGGGUGAAAGACGGUGACCUUAAAAUCUACAGGACUUACAUUUCUGCUGUGGUGUUCGCCUUCGUGGCUACACUCCUGUACUUCAUCCAUGCCAUUCUCUCAGCCAUCCGAUGGAAAUAUUUCUGAAGAGUGAAUAGCAGAGCUGCAAGAAAGUAAUACACUCCAUCUGCUGUGCACAUCUAUGCCCCUGACUGUCUAUGUAUGUCUUUGUCUGUUGGAUAAUGCAUUUAAGUCACAUUAGAUUGGUCAGAAUUGGUCUUCACUGUAUGUGAGAGCAUGACUUUCUUGCUUUGCAACAUUAUCAAAAUACCAAAUACUCUAACAUACAAAAACUCACACAGCAUAUACCUGAGGUCACAAUGAAAAACUGCAUCCCAUCCUUUUUUUGGCAUAACAGAGUAUAUUGUGAAAUUGGUUGCGACUUUGUAAAGGAGAACUAUAGAUUUUAAAGCAGAGAAAAGACGUAAACAAAUCAAAACUUAUAUUCUAUAAACUAUAAAAUUCAAAGAGUAAAUGAUCAACUAGACAAAAGUCAUAUUCUUUUAACCUCAAACCUCAGAAUAAUGUUGUCGAGCCAGUGAUUACAUCUUCACAAAAAGAAUGGGUCAUUUUUUUCAACAGUUUAGAGAAUAUGGUGUCAAUGCUGUUAUUGUAGAAUAAAAUUCAUCACAAACAUACAAAGCUAGUAGCAUUAAAUACAUUAAAUGCAUACUUAUAUUUUAUGUUUCUCCCUUUGUAUUAUCUGUGUUUAAAUAUUAAUAAUAUAACUGGACUUAUUAAAGAAAUCAAAUACAUGCAUGUCAUUAAAAAAAUUAAAAAGCAAAGAGUAAAAGACAAAAUAAGAGGAACAGAGUUAAUGUUGCUGGAUUAAAUUUUUAUAGUUUUGUAUUCUGAAGAUUAUUAAAAUAAGGAAAAUGAACUACACUCGUCUGUAUUCUUUCGUUAUGUGCUCCAUUUUCUCUAUAAAACAUCAAAAGAAUCUUUGAGUUACUUGUGAGAGGCAUUUGCACUCAUUGGAGUUUGGUUUAACUGCUGUUAUCCUUAUUCUUCUUCAGAGCUGAUGUUCAGUACCAACAUCAAACAUAAUUUGAUGUUUUGAAUACCAGCUUUCCUUUUAUUGCAAAACCAUGCACAUUAAAAUUAAAAGAAGAAUAAGAGAUUUCACGGUGUUUAAAAUACUCGAGUCAUGGGGGGUCAAAAGAAAUGAAAUAUCAAAUGACUACUUGUCUUCACAUAAAACAACAACAGAGUUAUAUAAAAGUUUAAAUUUGCAUUUAGGCAUCAUGAAUGUAUCGUCAUUGACUCCGGAGGUAAGGAUGUCUUGACUUGAUGAGCAUGAGUUGCACACAAGCGCCAAUGGUGCAAUUAGUCAGCACGCAGUACUUAUAAGACAGUAGAUUGUAGAGCAAGGCCGAGGAUGAGAAUUCAAACCUCAACUGCGGCACCCCACCUGCUCUCAUGAGGGUUGCUUUCUCUGAGACUGUUUUCGGUCCAGGUAUUGGAUAAGAACGACCUUUUCUACAUUACCAGUAUAAACCCUCUGGAUGUGUGCACCCCCACCCCCGGUGUUGGAAUCAGGCAACGUGUUGUAUUUCUAAGACAGUACACUGCAGAUCAAUGUUGAGGUUGUGAGUUUAAGCCUCAUCUGGAGCAGAUGUCCUCAGUUCAUCUUGAAACACCAGGGCAGAGACCUUUCAAGGCUGAGUUAUAUAAAAGAUUCAACUUGCACUUAGGCAUCACCACUGUUAAAGAAGGAAUACUGAGACGGCACUGCUUUCAUUUUUUUGCAAUCUUGGUUGUAAAAGAACUUAUAUGACAAGGGAGGGCAAAUUGCAUUGACUUUUCCAAUGUUUAUUUAUUUUUUAUUUUUUGGUUUAGGGUUUAAAAAGUGAAGCCAGUGACAUUAUCAGUGUAAA